AAGCGCACGAAUUGCAAAUGGUAUCAGUUAAACAUACAUAUUCAUUUCAGUGCCUCCAAUCAAUCGUCUCGUCGGUGUUCUCUCAUUCUCUCUCCUGCCUUCUCAGAUCUUCUUCCUUAAGGAAAUGGAGACCUUCCUAUUCACCUCGGAGUCUGUGAACGAGGGACACCCCGACAAGCUAUGCGAUCAGGUCUCUGAUGCAGUCCUCGACGCUUGCCUUGCCCAGGACCCCGACAGCAAGGUUGCUUGUGAAACUUGCACCAAGACUAACAUGGUUAUGGUUUUCGGUGAAAUUACCACCAAGGCCAAUGUAGACUAUGAGAAGAUUGUCCGUGACACUUGCCGCUCCAUUGGCUUCAUCUCUGAUGAUGUCGGUCUUGAUGCCGACAAAUGCAAGGUCUUGGUCAAUAUCGAGCAACAGAGCCCUGACAUUGCUCAGGGUGUCCAUGGCCAUCUCAGCAAGCGCCCUGAGGAGAUUGGUGCUGGUGACCAAGGCCACAUGUUUGGCUAUGCCACCGAUGAGACCCCUGAGCUUAUGCCUCUAAGCCACGUUCUAGCCACCAAGCUUGGUGCUCGCCUCACUGAGGUUCGCAAGAAUGGCACUUGUCCAUGGCUCAGACCAGACGGUAAGACUCAAGUCACCGUUGAGUACUACAAUGAGAAUGGCGCCAUGGUUCCCGUCCGUGUUCACACUGUCCUUAUUUCCACCCAGCAUGAUGAGACUGUCACCAAUGAUGAAAUUGCUGCUGACCUUAAGGAACAUGUCAUCAAGCCUGUCAUCCCUGAGAAGUACCUUGAUGACAAGACCAUCUUCCACCUUAACCCAUCUGGCCGAUUUGUCAUUGGUGGACCACACGGAGAUGCUGGACUCACUGGCCGUAAGAUCAUUAUUGACACAUAUGGUGGAUGGGGAGCACAUGGUGGCGGUGCUUUCUCUGGCAAAGACCCAACCAAGGUGGACAGAAGUGGUGCCUAUGUUGUCAGACAGGCUGCUAAGAGCAUCGUAGCCAAUGGGCUGGCUAGAAGGGCUAUUGUGCAGGUAUCUUAUGCCAUUGGUGUUCCCGAGCCUUUGUCUGUAUUUGUUGACACUUAUGGAACUGGAAAGAUCCCUGACAAGGAGAUCCUUAAGAUAGUGAAGGAAAACUUUGACUUCAGGCCAGGAAUGAUCUCUAUCAACCUCGACCUCAAGAGAGGUGGUAAUGGCAGGUUCCAGAAAACAGCUGCAUACGGGCAUUUUGGAAGAGACGACCCGGACUUCACUUGGGAGGUUGUCAAGCCCCUGAAGUGGGAGAAAACUAAUGCGUAAUGCUGCUAAUGCCGGGAGCUGCAGAUUUUGCAUCUCUGACUGCUACUGCUGCUAUAUAAUGUUUUUAUAUUCUGAUUUUUUCCCCAUUGAAAUUGUUUCCAAUUUCGACUUGAUUCUUGAACCAAUUUAAAAAGAGAUGGAUUUCUGUUUUCGUUUAUUUGAAUUAUGAGUAGCAUCAAUUUAUCUUGAAAGCAUGGUUUGGCUUAAGCAUUUCAAUUCUCACAAGCUCUUCCCUUGAA